CCUUUGGAAGAAGUUGACGAGGAGAAUGAGCAAGAUGAGCACAUGCAAUCGCCACAACCAAACAUAUCAACAUCAACUGCACGACUGAAAACACCGAGACGUAAUGCGAAUGUGUCGUGUGGUCCCAAUACGUCCCAAAAUCAUAAUCAAACCCAACAAAACGCUUCAAUGAAAAACGAUGAAACAACAAAUUCAACACCAACUUCAAGAGCACCAUGGGAGAAGACUUCGUUCGCUGAGCGGGAGACGGAGUUGAUGGCAGACGACGAGACAAAUCAGCACAGUAAUUUCGGCUUAGCCAAUCAGAAGACGCCAUUGGCUUCCUCUUCAUUAGCAGUUAUUCCGGCUCAUUUCCUCAACACACCAACGCAUGUUUUGAGCAUUAUGAAUGGACGUUCAAGCAGGAACAAAACGUUGCCCACUCAAAACGCAAACGAAUCAAAAAAUGCCACAAUUGAUAUUUCCGAAAACGAUCAUAGUCCAGUUAGGGAGAAUGUAGCACAUGAUUCAUCGAUGCAUGACAGUGCAUAUCUUUCACCAACAGCCAAUUUCGUCGAAGACUCUUCCAAUGCUGCUCUAUAA